UUUGAUAACAAAUUCUUUUUUUGAAGCUUGCUCUUUAAUUACUGCUGACACAUUCAAAUGCUGAUUUAAAAGUGUCUGAGAACUUUUAUUUACUUUCCCAGACUCAAACACAAAGGGAAGGAGCCCUGUAUAGCCUGCUAGGCAGCAGUUGAGCUGAGCAGUGUGGUAUACCUGAAGUUGAGCUCACACUUGAAAUGAGCUGGCCAGGCUAGAAAGGGUGUGUGUGUGUGUGUGUGUGUGUGUGUGUGUGUGUGUGUGUGUGUGUGUGUGUAUUGGCUCUGAGCCCCUUGUGGAACUAGCAGACUGUUGCUUCUGAUUUGUAGACUUACCAACCGGAAUCCUUGACUACGUGGCCUCUUUUAACCUUCCAGACACAGUUCUCCAGGUCUGUUGACCUUUGAGUUCCAUGUACUCUGCUACGCCCUCUGACUGGAAGUGUUCCUCCCUCUAUCUGCAGGAGAUGUUACGUGCAUCCCAAGGUGUUAUUACCACAUUUUCAGAUGUUGGUUCAUACAUUUGUCAGAGAUUUUCAUCAUCGUUUUCAUGGCUACAUAAUAUUUCAUUUUAGAGAGAUUUUCAUCAUCGUUUUUCAUGGCUAUAUAAUAUUUCAUUGGCUAUUUUAACUACAGAGGGCUGAGCAUCACUGUGUAUGCAUUACUGCUAAAAUGCUAUCUGUUUGUUAGGAUACAUUCCAAGGAAUGAAGUUGUUUUAUUUAAAAAUGGCCUAUGAUUAUUCAUGAAUAGUGCCUUACCGAUUCUUAAAAUGUAAGACAUUUUAUUUAAAUCUACAUCUUAGUCUGGGGUCCUUGUCAAGUAAUACUUCUCACACACACACACACACACACACACACACACACACACACACACACACAGAGACACAUUACUUACAUAGACAACCAGCCAGAGCACAUUACUUGCACAGACAGGUAGACAGACACACAUUACUUAUCUAGACAGGCAGACAGACACACAUUGCUUACACAGUCAGGUGGACAGACAUUAUUUACAUAAAUAGACAGUCACAGGGUAUACCACCUUAUUACUUAUACAGACAGGCUGACAGACAGUCAUUGCUUACACCGACAGGCAGACAGAUAUACUUCUUACACAGCAGGCAAACAGACACACAUUACUUACACAGUCAGACAGACAGACAGACAGACACACUUGUAAGUACCACCUUAUUAUUUACACAGGCAGGCACAGGGUCUAUCACCUUAUUAUACAGACAGGCUGACAGACACGCAUUGCUUACACAGAUAGGCGGACAGACACACUUGUAAGUACCACCUUACUAUUUACCCAGUCAGGUAGGCCCAGUAUGAACCAUCCCAUGUGUAGUAUUCAGUAUCUGGCAUUGCAGUCAGUAAUGCAGAUUUGCUUAUUUUGACUUUCUCCUAGAGCUGUAGUUAGCUAUUCUGUAGAGAUUUCCAACCUUGAAACUGUCGGUAAGUAGAGGACAGAUACAAGAUUCAAGUGUGCCUUAUCCUAACACAGACCGACCUGCUCAUGGGAGAUUGGUGGUGAGGGACUCUGGGCCGUUCUGUCCCACGGCUUAGUUUCUGCAUAAGGAGUUGGGCCAAUGUAGGGACCGUCUGGAGUGCACUGCUUCGAGGUAUUUGUUCUCCUUGCUCUGUCACUGUAAUCUGCUCUGUGCAAAGCAAACAAAUGAUACAGCAGCUGCAAGUGGAGAGUGCGGCCGGGCCCUUCCAUCAUCUCCUGACUCACACCUUUCCAGGGCUCAUUACUGAGGCCCUGUCAGCUGCCUGCACUGACCCUGGUGUCUGGCAUGAUCCGCAUCCACAGAGAACUUUCUGAUGUUAUCUGCUGUGGUCACAUGCUGGUUUCAUGACUCUGGGCACCUUUGAUCUUUAGCACCGUGUCUCUUAGAGAUGGGGAGUUCCUCUUCCCCACUAAAACCAUUGUUCAGGCUGUCUGAGUAACUGUUGCCUUGAGACAGCCUUGGCUGGCUCUGAACCUGGGACAAACCACCAGGCUUACCUCCCCAACCUCCUGGUCUGUUUGUUUGUUUGAAGCAGAGACAUGGCUGCCUAAGUCCAGUGCUUCUACCUUGUAACCCAAGACUCAUAGGAGCCCUCCCUGCAGCCUUCUUGAUCUCUCUGGGAAUGUGGGAGUACCGAGUAGGGGAGGGUUGCACAUUGUACACUCGAGGAGCACACGGAAGCAUUUAACUAUCACACCACACUUACCUUUUGUUUUUUGAGGAUAUUGAUGAAAACGUCACCCCUGCUCUCUUUCUAUGUGUGUGGAGUGCAGAAACCCAACAGCUGUGAUCUUGUUUUGAUGUAAAACUCUUCAUUCUCAGGACCCUGAGUCACUGAAGGCUAUGUAGAGCCACUAUUUUUUUUUGUUUCUGUUUCUGAUUUAAUUGUAAAAUUCUACUUUCUUCAUUGCUGGUGAAUUUUUAAGUUAUUGCCAUCUCCUAUUCAUUAAAUAAUGCCAACCCCUAGCAGAAUCUAUCUCUUUUCAGUAACAAAUACCACUAAAGCAGCCUUUUCUUUACAGCAGUGACCCUCAACUGUCCUAACGCAGCAGCCCUUUAAUACAGUUCCUCAUGCUGUGCUGACCCCCAACCAUAAAAUCAUUUUGUUGUUGCUUCAUAACUGUAAUUUUACUGCUGUUAUGAAUUGUAAUGCAAAUAUCUGAUAUGCAGGAUAUCUGAUAUGUGACCCCUGUGAAAGGGUCAUUCAACUUCCAAAGGGGUUGCGACCAGGUUGAGAACCACUGCCUUAAAGUCUUCUGAGAUGCUAGUUCUAUGGCACUCCUACUGUUCCUCUUUGCUACCUCUCCUGUAGAUGUUUGCUUCUCCCCUUCCUGUCCGCUCCUCACUGAAAGCCAUUCUGUAACCAGCAGCGCCUAUAGCCAUGCCCUCUACCUGGAGAAUCACAAUCAUCAGAUCCAGAGCACGGCCCAUUAAAGUUGGGAUCUGGACUGUGCUGUCCAGAGUGAUUCAAAGGCUUCUCACCAGAGUGGCACUCUUUGGAGGGUGUGGUACCUUUAAGAGGUGAGGCUUGCAGAGAGUUGAAGCUGGUGGGUGUUGGACCUUUAAGAGUUUUUUUUUUCUCCCCUCCCUGAGGACGACUGAUGGGUGGCUGUGCCUUUGAGAGGCAAUUCUUUGUGGCAUUGUUUCAAAAGGAUUGGUUUGUGGGUCCUUAAGAUGAGAGAGAGAGAGAGAGAGUGAGAGAGAGAGAGAGAGAGAGAGAGAGAGAGAGAGAGAGAGAGAGAGAGAGAUCAGCACCGAGUUGGUUUUGUCCUCAUGUUUUUAUUCUGUCUAGCUUCCAGACCUUGGGGGUACAUCACAACUUUCAGUGUGACUCUUCCCCUCACAGUUAAUUCUCUCAGGAAACACCCUCUCAGCCACCCCCACCCCUCAGCCAUGUGCCUCACCCACCAGCUCCAGAGUGGUUCUAAAUCCAGUCAGGUUGAUGAGCAAGGUUAAUGAUCACAAGAGGAGAUGCCGAGUGGCUUGAAGAGGGAGAGGGUCAGUGCCUAAGACUUGGAUUCCUGCUUUCGACUUCAGUGCUUUUGAAAGAAAACCUUGCUUAAGCUGCAGUCAGAUGGCAGAAGCAAUGCUGGACCUCGAGUUGGUUAAGACUCUGGACCACCCCGCUUGGUUGUCUGGUCUUAGUGCUUGGUAGGCAUCAUGAUAAAACUGGGGCUUUAUAGAUGUUGACCAGAAGAACAAGUGUGGAUGCGGUGAGCCUGAUUUUGUCUUACUGGGAGGUUGGGCCGAUGCCUGUCAAACCCACCCCUGUAAAGAUCCAGUGGUGUUCUUGUUUCUUGUUUGUGUUUAGGUGAUGAGAAGGCAGAGCCCACCCACCCUCAGUGGAAUUGAGGAGUGUUGUACACAGUGCCUUAUCCCACUCCCUUCCAAGUGCCUUAGAAACUUCAGGUGGAUUAAGAAGUGCAGUUUAGAGAGAUCCUGGAGGGCUGGGGAGUGCGGCUCAGUGGUGCAGCGUUUGCCUAACAUGUUCAAGACUCCGGAUUCAGCAACACCCCCACCCUCAGGGAGGGGAGGGAGAGAGAUUCAAAAAGAUAUUUUGAACUUUUUGAAUUUAUGAGAAAAUUUCUCAUCCUAUGAAAUUAAUUUUGCUUUAGGUUAUUUUCCCCGCGGUGUCUACAUAUGAGAGAGAAAUGAGUCUGGCCAUUUUACUGACAGUGGUGGUGGUGUCUCCCCUUCUUUAGGAUCCAGUGUCUGUUUACAGACAAGGACCCUGGUUUUGCCGUUGUGGAAGGAGGGAUACUCUGUGGGACAGGAUCUGCUUUAUACAUGGGUUAUACUUAACGGUUUCCUUCUGGUCUCAACUGAAAGUGGAGGCAGAUGGAAGGAAGGGGCAGUGUUGGCAAGACAGAGCGCAAGUCUGCACUUGGUCACCAUGCAAAGGGACCUGUGCUUCUGACCCUGCUCAGCAAUGUAAGGAAGGACUGUGUAGUCAGCGUGAUGGUUUAAAAACACGUAGAAGUUUCAUAUAGAAAAGGCAUGUCUAAUGUGUUCAUAGGUGGAUGGUGUUGCUUGCCUUUGGCAGAAGUUGAGUCUUUGAAGGAACACUUUGUUCUGCUGAUAAAUGGAGAUGUUUAGUUCUGUAGGCACCUACUUUGUCUAUAUUCUGUAUCUUGUGUAAACAGCCACAUGUGAAAUGCUUACAGAAAUUAAAAAAAAUAAAGACCCAUGAAAGUGAACCAGGUACAAAAUUCCCUAUUGAGCAAGAGAUCUGAGAAAUAAAUACUAAUUUUUAGAAAAGAAACACCUGUUAGCAUUAGGAAACCAACACAACACAAGGACACACACACACACACACACACACACACACACACACACACACACAUGAAAUACACCCAAGGAAGGGCUUAGAAAGAUGAAAGAUUCUGUGGUUAGGUUAAACCUCACUGAAGAGACGAUUAGUGGAAUGGAGAAUUUAUCAAGUGUGCAGCUCUACACAGGGACAGGAAAUUUAAAGCUAAAGAGAGAGACUGAAGGUCCGGAGGACAGAACAAGGAACGACUGUGCCGCUUCACUGUGCUCCUAGAGAGAGCACAACGGAAAACUUAGACCACAUCUGAUUAACUUUCUAGAGGUUACCCGAUCUCUCAGUCUGCAGAAACAGGAAAAAGAGUGUGAUGAGAAGAAAAAGAAAUAUUAGCUACCUGGAAAUGCACAUGCCUAUAAGCCCAGGAUUUAGGGAGUCAAGGAAGGAGAAACAGAAGUUCAAGGCUAGUGACUAAGUAGUGAGUUCAAGGCCAGUGUAGGCUCCUAGAGACCUUGUCUGAAAAACAAAGCAAACCAAAACAACGGACAAAUACAAAGACAAUCUGCCCUUUCAACCUUGAGGCAAAACUAUGGAAUUACAAAGGUUUAAAGUUAUAAAACCCAGCUGGACUGGGAGGAUGACUUGGGAGGACCAUGGGAAGAAGCACAGAGGAGCACCUGUAUAGAAGUAAUACCGAGCUGACUGCAGAUAGCCCCGGAAAUGAAGGAAUAACUUAAUACCUUCAGAGAAUUGGGAGGAAAUUCAAAGGUGAGAAUGAAACGCGUUUUUUUAAACAUUAAAGCCAAGAAAAAUUAUACUUAAUAGACCUGCAUUAAAGGAACCGUAGGAGGAAGAAACAUGAAAAUUAACCAGCUAGGCAUCUAAUUUGACACAGAAAAUGAGCAGUGUUAACUGCAGAAAAUAAAGAGGAGAACUUGAUAGAAGCAUGAGCCCAAAUUAGUGCACUGGAAACAGCAGCAGCAAAGAUGCUGCUAAUAAAUUAUGGUUUCUGUGGGUAUUUUGAAAACCUGUAAUAUGCUAUGAAGUGCUGUAUGACAGCUAUCUAGGCAAGAUAGAUAGUAAGAAAAAAGUAACUUACUAAACUUGAGCCAAGACAGAAAAUAGGCUGAAUAGUUUUAUAAGUGGAAGGUAGAAUAGGAUAUUAUUUAUUUGUGGUGCAAUUUUUACUCACUAAAUUGAACAGAUUUUAUAAGACUUUUGGAUAGCCAUAAGAAUAAACUUAAUAGAAGACAUUGAAGAAAACCUAGCAAAUGGACAGAGAAACCAGGCUCACCUUGCAAGUAGUCAGGCAUCUACCCUCAGAUGAUUGACAGCAACAGAAUUGUUCCAAGGCCAAGUUUUUCACAAGGCAAUCUAAGCCACUCAGCAAGAUUGUUCUCAAAUUUAGUUCACAUGCAAAGACUCAAGAAUGCACAGUGUGUCUCAGUAGGGGUAGGUUGGUGUAGAAAUCAACCCUGGGACUGCAAUAAACCUUGAUUGUGGUAUGUUCUAAGUCUACGUGGAAGAGGGAGGUUUCUGUUAAAUCGUAGCUCUGAGACGAGAUGAUCAGCAAUAAUAAUGAUAAUAAUAAUGACGAUGAUAAUAAAAUAAUCCAACGCAUACACACUCAGCUUCUUUCCCUAAUGAUUAAAAGAAUUUCAGUAAAAGGCAAAACAUUUGAGACGGGUUGAGAGUUAGCUCAGUUGGCAAAAGGCUUACCCUACAAACAAAGAGGCAGUCACCAGAGUUCAUGCUGAUGACAGUGAUCAGCCAGGAAGGCAUGUGUGUGGCUACAGUAAUAUUCUAAGCUGAGGAUUAUUAUGGUCCAUUACUUAGAUUUAUAAAAUCUAUGCUGGUUACCUGUCGCGCGCCCAAUGUCCCGCCAGCAAGAACGACGCGCGGCAACAGGAUUCUUCUGUGAGCAAGCCUUUACUGUGUUAUAGCUCUUCUCAGUGUUACAGCUCUUCUCAGUGUUAUAGCUCUUCUCAGUGUUACAGCUCUUCUCAGUGUUACAGCUCUUCUCAGUGUUACAGCUCUUCUGAACAGGGACCCCGAGCAGCAAAAUCGCUCGGCUUAUAUAGACAGCAGUAUGUUAAUUAUCUCUCAGGGAUUGGUGGGGCUUGGAUCACCCCACUACUUGUCCUCCAGGGAUUGGCGGAGAAUGAAUCACCUCAUUAGCAUAUUAACGGUCAACUAACACCUGGUGAAUAAACCGCACAUGUGCAGUACCGCUGUUCACCACUAGAGGGAGCCCUAGCAAGGGGACAAGCCUGCACAUGCGCAGUCAGGCGAGUUCCUGGGUCAAGCGGUCACCUUCACAAGACUGAAGAUGGCGACUGGGAGUGGAGUGAUGAUGAGAUGGAUGAGAAGAGUGAGGAGGGGAAAGCGGCUGCCUCUCAAGAGAAGUCACGAAGAGUAAAAGAAGAGAACCCAGAGAUCUCGGUGAACGCUGGUGGCAUCCCCGAGCAAAUACAGUCCCUCUCCGUGCACGACUCUCAGGGCCAACCAAAUGCUAAUGAAGACUACAGAGAAGGUCCUUGUGCGGUCAACCUUGUUUUAAGAUUAAGAAACUCCAGAAAGGAACUUAAUGACAUACGAUUUGAGUUUACUCCAGGAAGAGAUACAGCAGAUGGUGUGUCUCAGGAGCUCUUCUCUGCUGGCUUGGUUGACGGUCAUGAUGUAGUUAUAGUGGCUGCUAAUUUACAGAAGAUUGUAGAUGACCCCAAAGCUUUAAAAACGUUGACAUUUAAGUUGGCUUCUGGCUGUGAUGGGGCGGAGAUUCCUGACGAAGUGAAGCUGAUCGGGUUCGCCCAGUUGAGUGUGAGCUGAUGUAUGUCCCUUGCUGUCACCCUCAUCUGUCGUGCCCUCCCCCCCUUCCAGCCCCCUCUUUGCCUCCUUCCUCUCACCCCCUCACUCCCAAAUCCCAGCAAAUAAGAAGAUUGUGAAGAGGCUGGCUUCGAUGAAGUGGGAUAAAAAAAAUAAUAAUUUUAAAAAAAAACUCCGAGCACUCUGAGUUCUGCUUUAUUCUCCAGCAAUCCACAGUGUGAGCACAGGCAAGUGCUGCAAUAGUGCAUUGCUGAUUUCUUUCCAGAGAGCUAUUUACUAUUCUUAGCAGUCAAUUUGGAUAGCCCUUAAGUGAGGAGUCUGAAACACACUCAGGUGGUCCUAUCUCUUGGCAACAAAAGGAAUCUUCUACCAGAAGCCUUUUCUCCUCUUACUGUUGUAUUUCUGUUUAAUAAUUAAUAAUAAUUAAUUGUACAUCUGACAAUACUGCCUCUUUUAUGUUGUCUUAGAAAUUAAUAUACUUAUAAAAUUAAGAUUUAUUAGCCAGACUUGAAUUCUAGUUUUAAAACUGACUGUGAAUUUUAUUUUUCAUAUAUUUAUGCUUUACACACCUUAGCUAUGAGGGAAAAAGUUUUGAUUAUAAUGCUUUCCGCGGUUGAUCUCUUGUUAUUUAAACAAAUGGUUUCAGGUCAAUCUUUGGAGUAUUUGUAGCUUCUAAUUUUUGAAAUGACUGAAUUGAAAAUUUGAAUGCUUUCUCUUUUGGUUGGUUUGCCUAAAAUCCAGUCCACAAUCCAGUCGUCUCUUGGGAGAGGGAGGUGCCUUGUAAACUUUCAUACUUCGAAUGUGCCUGAGACUGCUUAACCCUGGACUAGUCUCAGAUCUCAAACCCGCACUACACAUGGAGGCAUACGUUUGCUUCAUCUGGACAUUUAGAAUACUGUACCUGUGCUGCCGUUCUGUUAGAUCGCUGACUACAUCCCCGUGUCUGAUUCGGCUCUCCUUAGGUGAUAGGAUUCAUUGUUUGUAAGGCGAUAAACUUGACCACACCAGAAUCUGAGUUUUACUUGAAACUCUGCAGAAUACACAGGGGGUAUGAAAAACAAAACAAAACAAAACAGAAAGAUUUUUUUGUGCAAUGGCAAAAGGUAAAAAUGCUGUAAACGUUCGAGAAUAAAUAUUUCCAACCCAAGAACCUCCUGCUUGACUAUGUAUUAUGAACCUAACAAACCUUAGGAUUUUCAAAUUUGGAGUCAAAACCCUCAAGAAGGUGGCUCCGGGGAUGGCACCAUUGCUCCUUACAAGCUAACCCUAGAUGCGGCAGCUCUUUAACGUACUUUAAAAAGCAAAUAUAUAUUACUAAGGAAAGAAGUUAUUUAUAAUUGCCUUGUCAUAAUCGUUAAGGUGUUCUAGAACCAUUUGCAUACAAUUUAAUGUAAUUCCAUUCCAUUCUAUUGUUUACACAAUUACUCAAAGAUGGCUGCAAAGGUAAAAGGAAAAAUAAAAGCGUCUUGCACAGUG